GCAGAGAGAACAGAGAGGGGGCAGAAAAAUUAUGGGAAUAACUGAAAACACCUACUGAGAGAUUCAUAUAGUUAUUUUGAGGAUAUUCGAAAACCCAGUCAAGGCAAGGUAAAUACAAAGCUGGACUUAACAAAUUAAGCUUUGCUUGGAAGGCAUGGAAUUACAUAGACUCAAGCAAAUUUGGGAAUAUCAGUAACGGAUUUCCACAAGUGGAUUUCUCCAACAUGGACUAGUGUCAGGAAUUGGCACACAUACAUAUUGUAUACAGGUGUUCCUCAUUCUCAAGCAAAAACAUCUGUUUUUUUUUGUUCUGACCAUCUGUGGCAGUGGGCUCAGUCAGCAUGCAGGAAUCUCCAGGGGCUAUGGGUGUAGAUGGCAGUUACACCAGCAAUGUUCCAGCUUUUCUCACCAAACUGUGGACUCUUGUGGAGGAUCCAGACACCAACCACCUUAUCUGUUGGAGUGCUACUGGAACCAGUUUCCAUGUGUUUGACCAGGGUCGAUUUGCCAAGGAAGUUUUACCGAAGUACUUCAAACACAAUAAUAUGGCAAGCUUUGUCCGGCAGCUCAACAUGUAUGGCUUUCGUAAAGUUGUAAAUAUUGAGCAAAGUGGUCUGGUCAAGCCCGAGAGAGAUGAUACAGAGUUCCAACAUUUGUACUUCCUCCAAGGGCAUGAACAUAUGCUGGAACACAUCAAGAGGAAGGUAUCAAUAGUGAAGAGCGAAGAGACCAAAGUUCGUCAAGAGGACCUCAGUAAACUACUGUAUGAAGUUCAGUUACUAAGAACACAACAGGACAACAUGGAGUGUCAGAUGCAGGACAUGAAGCAGCAGAAUGAGGUUCUGUGGAGGGAAGUGGUCUCACUCAGACAAAAUCACUCGCAGCAACAGAAGGUCAUGAACAAGCUAAUUCAGUUUCUGUUCAGCCAGAUGCAGUCCAAAACACCCGGCACUGUAAGCUUGAAGAGAAAGCUGCCAUUAAUGUUGGAUGAUGGAUCUGUUAGCCCACCUGCCACCAAGUUCAGCCAUAAUAACCCGAUGGAACCAAUGCAGGAACCGUUCUACAUCCAAUCGCCAUCUAGUGAUGUUGCUUCGUGUUCUACAACUGGGCUAACAAGUGGACCGAUCAUAUCAGAUGUAACAGACAUGUCCCAAGCCAACAUGUCUCUACAGAUGCAGUCUGAUGAGACCAGAGAAAAGUGCCUGAUGCUAAUCAAAGAAGAGCCUGUGAGCCCAGGAGUGAGAGGAGUGAAAGGAGGCAGUGUUGGUGGAGUAGACACACUAGCAUUGACCUCCUCCUGUGAGGUCUGCCCCUCAGAACCUCCCGUCCUUCCUGUUGCAAUGGUGCAGUCUGUCUUGGAGGGAAGAGUUCCAACUUCAUCUAUGACAGAGAGGAAGACUAAGAGAGCUGCUAUAGAAAGAGUGGAUUGUGCUACUGAUGCAGUGGAAAAUAUGGACAUGAGCCUGGAGGAGUUGCAGCAGCUCAUACUCAGGAGCCAUCCGCAGAGUAAUAUGGAUCCAGGGACCAGUUCUGUUAUUGAUCCCUUCAGUGUUAACCUUCCUCUGCCUGAAUGGAGCUUUAAUGAGAUGGAGUCCAACCUUAAAUCAUAUGUGUUCCAAAACCAUGAACCUGAGGCUUUUCCAGCAUCUGCUUGUGAAAAACAGUGAUGUCUGUGCAGUGAGUUAUCCUUUUUCAAAUGGAAGGCCGCAGAUACAUCUUACCCUGCAUGAAUUUGAUCCUUCCGGCCGCCCAGGGUAUUUAUUUGAUUAGCAUUCUUUGCAUAAUAUACAACGAAAUGAAGACUUUUUCAUAUUUGUACCAGUUAUGUCAUUUUUUUCUUCAAUGGGAUUGAUUUUAGCAAAUCAAGAUUCUUUUAUCAGCUAGGUGCACACAGUGCAUGCUAGACUCAAGCACUUUAGUCUUUCUGUGAGAGGGAAUUCCUACUUAUGGAAGUGACUUAUUCCUUCUAGAAUCAACUUAUUACAACUGUACACAAGAAAGCAUUUGUACUAAAUACAAAUCAGUGUGAUUAUCUGAGUGAGUAAACAGGAUGUGACAGCGUCAAUUUUUUUUUUUUUCUGUAUUAGUAUUAUAUUUUAAUUUGGUCUGAAAAAAAAAUUCAAAAAUAACUUGUGUGUUAAACUUAAUAAAAGGCAAUUUGUCAUUACUAAAUAGGGAUAUUUUAUAAUGAAAGUAUGGAAUAAAGCCACUCAAAAAUCAAUUUUUAAACAAUUUUAAGUUGUUUUACAGCAUAGGAGGUUUAAUAAACAUCCAAUCGAUGUAUUGUACAAGUAUAGGUCUGACACAUAGCUAGGGUUAGUUUGUCUCUUUACAUGUGUGGUUUCAAUGACUAAGAUUACUUUUCAAUUUGACUGAACCAACAAAACUACUGCAUUUUUGCACAAUCUACAAACAGUUAUGGUCAAGUAUUUGUUGAUUCUUAAUUAAGGGCAUUCUCCACUUGCUUGUUUACUGUAGAUUUGGACCACCUUAAGAAUAUGCAUCCAUAUGAGACAUUUAAACAUUGCCUUUCCUAGCUUCCAAAUUUCCUCCUGUAUUUUCGUCUGGGUUUAGUGAUAUUCAGCAUUUCAUGACUUAUACAACUAUAUAUGAAAUAGUUAGGGUAUUAUUUGCAAUGAAAAGAAAUCCUAAAUUAUACUCUUCUGUAAAACCAUUCAGUUUAAAAUACCAACAAUGCAUAAUAUAUUGUAUACUUUUACUUACAGUGGUAGUAUACAUAAUUUAUAUGAAUUGUGCAAUACUGUACAGAAUGCAAUAUGUGGAUGACCAUAGGAAUGUAGGAAGAGCAACUGUUAGCGGUGGAGUGGAGCACACCAAAGUAAGAUGCACAGCAGAAGGAGAAUCUGCUUGUCAAAAAACACUCUGGUGUGAAUGAGAAUUAGGGGCUCCCUAAAUUUGGCUAAAAUUCUCCUGAUUAAACUCUUACACUGAUGAUAUUAUGAUGCCUUACAAUAGAUCAUUUGUCUGUUUUGAUUUGAACCUAUUGGAAGUAAAAUGAAGUGGUCUGUUUUUUGAAAAACCGAAAACAAGUUUAUGGCUUCUCCUUUGAGAAGACAAUAGUUAUAUCUGAGGUAGACCCUCCCUCCCUGUGCAAUUUAUCUUUGGUGUAUGACAUGUUGAAUUGCACUAAAAAAAAAAAGUUAUUUGAAAGUGUACGGUAUAUUUAAGACAGCAUUUAUUUUCUUGUUUUUCACAACAAUUGAAUUUUUUAAGGGGUGGCUCGAUACGCAUUAAGCUGCUGUUCUUUAUUUAUCCUGUUUUCAUUUUUAAUUAUUUGCACUGGAAAUGAAUGCAUGUGGGUUAAGUUGGAUGCUGCUAGUAUGAGUAUGAGUAUUUGUAGCAAACAAAGUCAAAAUAUGGCUGCUGUAAAUGACUGCUGGUAUCCCCAAAAAGCAUUGUUACACUAUGAAAAAGAAAACACAAUUGAAAUUAUGAUAUCUCAACAUUGGCCUUAGAAGCAUUUUUAACUACUCCCCAAAAUAUAUUAUGGCCACCAUUAAACACAAAUUAGUGCUUCAAUGCUUUUCAAAGGGGCCAUCAUCAGCUGCAAAUGAAUGUGUUAAAUGACUUUCAUGAAAAGACUAAAGUGCAAUGUUACACAGGGUUGGGCUGAAUAUGUAUUUCACAUGUAAAAAUCCGAUCAAAAUAUUAAUA